GUAGGAGAGGAGAGUUGAGGAAGUGACACUUGCGCUCUAACAACGCAUUAGCAACCGUCUGAAACAAAAAUAAUUUUAUAACUGAUUUAUUUCCGUUUUGGUAGCUAUGCGCUAAUGGCGACUCUCAAGUCAAAACAAAAAAUACUAGACCCAAGCCUGCCCUUGCCAGCCCUUCGCCUCCUGGUGCCCCCUUUGCAGCUACUCUCGGCUGCCAUGUGGCAUGUGGUGAAGCAGAAGGAUGUGAAGAGCUACUGGAAGCUGCAGGAGUUUGUAUGCAUGGUGACAGAAGCGGUGCCCGGCCUGAUCAACCAGCAACAGAGAGCGCAGCUCCUCCUCGGCCUAAGAGCUAGGUUGAUUCUGGAGCUGUGCAAAGGCUCUCCUCUAGAAGUCAAAACCCAAGAAAUCCAGAGCUACUUGGAGAGACUGCCGGCUAGUUCUGCAAACACAGAUCAAUGCACGGACGCAGAGGUGAAAACGACAGAGUCGACUUUUAUUGCACUCGUGCAGAGCUUGCUAAAAGAUCCGGCAGAGAGGGCCUAUUUCUUUCAGGAAGUGUUUCCUGCCGAAUAUGGGCAACAGUUCGACGCGGCGCUCCAGGUGUUGUUGUGGGAGCUGCUCUCAAAGCUGGAAAAGCUGCUUCCAGUACCAGACCUCAAGCAGACGACCGCCUGGUUCAUCGCCGCUCCGCCUGUUUUGGAUGAGUGUGUCCAGUGGCCAUCAGAGGAGCUGAGCUCCGUCUUCCAGCACUACAGAAGCUUAGGACUACUGAAGACCGCCUAUGGGCCGUGUUCUUCCAUCGGGAGCUGCAUCAUGUCUGCUCUGUCGGUUCCUCCCUCGCAGAAGACAAGCCUGUCGUUCGGACCGCAGUCCGUCCACGACUACGCGGACCCGCUGACCCGCAUCGCCCUGGCGGAGGCGGGCCAGUGCGGCGUCGUGGCCUUCUACACCGAGGUGGAAGUCAGAGCGUCUGAUCCGCACGCGGAGUCGUCCGCGAUUCAAGUUCAGACGGAGUGUUAUGAGGAGGAAAUAGUGGCUUUGAGUGCAGAUGCCUCCGGCGGAGGCGGCGAGGAGGAGGAGGAGGAGGCCUUUAGCUUCGGCGUGGAGGAAUCAGGUGAAGCUGCGGGCGUCGCUAAGGCGUUGGAAACUUUAACCAAAACCUUUGGGUUGAGGAAGGAGGUGCUGGGAAUUGAGACGAGCGACAAUCUCGAAACAAGAAAGCAGACCCAGAGGACAGCAGCAGACGAUGCAGAGGUGCUGCGUGAUUUCCAGCCAGACGCUGUGGAGUCUCUUCCAGAGUCUAAUACAGACCCGAAGGAAAACUGCGAGGAAAUCAGUGAAGCCUCUGCGUCGCAGGAGCCAGACGUUCCCACAUCCACGGGUCCACGGGCCAAGAGGAUGGACGAGGAUACGAGGACGCCAGGAGAAACGGACGACGCUCCAAAAAUGAGGUCAGCUGACGUGAUCUUUGCCCCGUCUGUGGUUGCAGUCAAAGGAACAGACAAAGAUGAGACGACGUCAAUCAUUUUCACCUGCUCCCGGUGCCCCUUCCACGUCUCGGACGACGGCGGCCCGCCUCACUUCCACAUGCAGAGCGUGCGCACCGAGGAGUACAGGAGGUUCACCGGGGAGAGGUUCACGCCGUCCGCCUGCCGCUCUGAUGAAAUAUUUACCUCCAUCAAGCUUUUCCCUAAAGGAGACGCCGAGCGAACGCUUCCCGACGCUCAGGCCCACGGCAGACGGAGGUCCCUGACGUGCGAAAUGUGCGGGAAGACGUUCACCCGCACGUCGGACGUGAGACGGCACCAGCUCACGCACACCGGGGAGAGGCCGUUCCGCUGCUCGCGGUGCGACCGCACCUUCCAGCACUCCUGGGACCUGGCGAAGCACGAGGGCAAGCACGACGGCGCCGCCGCCGUCUCCUUCCCCUGCCGGGCGUGCGGCGCCUCCUUCGCCAACCUGAGGGCGCUGACCCUCCACCACAAGAAGUCCCACGCGGAGGCGAGCCGGCUGCCUCACAUCUGCUCCAUCUGCGGCCGGAGCUUCCCCACCAGCGGCGAGCUGCUGGAGCACAGGACGUCCCACGCCGCCGCGGCGCGCUACGUCUGCCAGCAGUGCGGCGGCUGCUUCGACACGCUGCUCGCCCGCUCCCAGCACAGGCGGGCGCACCAGGCGAAGCGGCGGUUCAAAUGCCCGCACUGCGAGAAGACGUACACCCGCAGGUCGGACGUGAAGAGGCAUUUGUCCACGCACACCGGGGAGCGGCCUUACCAGUGCGACCAGUGCAGCAAGCGCUUCUCGGUGCGCUUCAUGCUGGUGAAGCACCUGCGGGUCCACACGGGGGAGCGGCCCUUCCAGUGCUCCCACUGCCCCAAGAGGUUCACGCUGGCGUCGGUGCUGGCCCGCCACGAGCGGAUGCACACGGGGGAGAAGCCGUUCCUCUGUUCGCAGUGCGGGAAGGGGUUCCUAUCGCAGGGCGAGCUCUCCAAACACCACAGGUCGCACCUGGACGACAGGCCCUACCCCUGCCCUCGCUGUGACAAGCGAUUCAAGAGCAAGAAGACCCAGCAGGAGCACACCGCCUCCCACAGCGGCGCCCGGCCGUACCCGUGCGCCCACUGCGGGAAGGGCUUCUCCAAGCCGUACGCUCUGACCAGACACAACCUCAUCCACACCGGGGAGCGGCCGUUCCCCUGCGGACACUGCGAGAAGUCCUUCCUGACGCCCGGCGAGGCUCAGCUGCACCGCAGGAUCCACACGGGCGAGAGGCCGUACCCGUGCGGCGCCUGCGAGCAGAAGUUCAAGAGCUCGUCGGAGCUGGCGCGCCACAAGCGCAGCCACUCCGGGCUGCGGAGGGAGAAGCCGGCCUGCGAGCGGUGCGGGACGACCUUCACGUCAAAGGCCAAGCUGAAGAAACACAUGGAGGCGCAUGCAGAAGCUGCUGACCUCAGCAGGAAUCCAUUGCAAUGAUCGUAUUGGUUAGCACGGUGGGCG